AUGGCUGAAAUGAUUCAUGUGCAGCAGCAGGAUCUCCAGACUGAAUUAGAGGUUUGCUGGCAGCCUCGAUGGUUUCUUCUCUGUGGUGGCAUCCUGUCCUAUUAUGACUCUCAGGAAGAUGCCUGGAAGGGUUGUAAGGGAAGCAUCCAAAUGGCCGUGUGUGAAAUUCAAGUUCAUCCUGCAGAUAACACACGAAUGGACCUGAUCAUCCCAGGGGAACAAUACUUCUAUCUGAAGGCAAGAAACGCAGUUGAAAGGCAAAAGUGGCUGGUUGCGCUAGGAACUGCCAAAGCCUGUCUGACUGAUGGCAGGACACAGAAGGAAAAAGAGUUCACUGAAAACACAGAAGCCUUGAAGACUAAAAUGUCUGAACUUAGACUGUACUGUAACCUCCUUGUUCAGCAAGUGCAUAAAACGAAGGAAGCCAGCAUUUCUGGUGUAUCAGAACCAGAGAGCGAGAUUGAUAUGGGAGCUCUGUUAAAAUCAACCUGUGACACCUUCCUGAAAACUCUUGAAGAAUGUAUGCAGAUUGCAAAUACUGCCUUCACUUCUGAAUUAUUGCAUCAGACCCCACCUGGAUCCCCACAUUUAGCAGUUCUCAGAACGAACAAGGUAAAGCACUCUGUCUUGUCCAGUCACACCUCAAUGGAAAGGCAGAUGGAAUUGAAUCCCUGUGAAAAUGGCUCUGUAAAAGCAGAAAUUAACCAUCAAGAGCAAACUCUUAUUAAAAGUCUGGAAUGUUUAAACCUGGAAACAAAUGAGGGGAGCAGUGAUGUUUCUGUUGAAGAUCACAUAGCAGAGGAUUUGGCAGACAUUAAAGAAGAUGGAGAGAACAAGCUGCAAGCUGUAGAAAGCUGUGGUGCCCAUAAGUUGCUGCAGUCGGAAACUAAUUCUUUAAGUGGAUUGACUCUGUGUGAGGAAGACAGAAAUGAAAAUGAUUCUCCUACCUUCUUCAGUGUCAUGAGCAAUAGGUUCAGUGAUAUUGAACUUCGGGAGGAGGAGGGCAUACCAACAGAAGAGUUUCUGGAGUCAUGUUAUGCAAUUGUGCCAGUUCUGGACAAGCUGGGACCAACUGUUUUUGCUCCUGUUAAAAUGGAUUUUGUAGGUAACAUCAAGAAAAUAAACCAGAAAUUUAUAACCAACAAAGAAGAGUUUGAUACUCUUCAGAAGAUAGUGCUCCAUGAAGUGAGUGCCGGCGUAGCCCAAGUUAGAAACUCUGCUACGGAGGCUCUCCUAUGGCUGAAGAGAGGCUUAAAGUUCUUGAAAGGGUUUUUGACAGAAGUGAAGAAUGGGGAAAAGAAUAUCCAAACAGCUCUGAACAAUGCUUAUGGAAAGACAUUACGGCAGCACCAUGGUUGGGUUGUCCGCGGGGUCUUUGCGUUAGCUUUAAGGGCAGCUCCAACGUACGAAGACUUUGUGGCAGCUCUGUCUGUAGAGGAGUGUGAUCCUCAGGAAGAAACAUUUUACAAAGGAAUGCAGAGGGACCUCAACAUUUACUUACCAGCCAUGGAAAAGCAGCUAAAUAUCUUGGACACUCUCUAUGAAGUACAUGGUUUGGAGUCAGAUGAGGUGGUAUGACUACAGCAAGACCAUGUCUUAAAACUUCAGGGACUGUAUCUGUUAACAAAGAUUUCUUUCAUUUUGGGAUUUUUUGGACAUCGUUUCUGUUCAUUGUAUCUUUUCAGGUGGGAAGGGUGUUGUGAGUGUUUUUGGGGGAGGGUAUGUAUGAUUUUUAUUUUUUUGUUAACGCUUGUUUUGUGUUUAAAUGCAGAGGUACUGUUUCUCUUUGGGUCAUAACUAUGUCCCUGAUGAAUGUUCUUGACUGUUUCUGCCCUGCCUGUGCACGUCCCCUUCUCUUCACCUCAUAAAAGUGACAGAGCAGAAUUUGGCCUUUGCUCCCGUACCUUAGGAGAGAGCCGUGCGUGUAGCGGAGCCAUUGGGACAUCAACAUGGUGCCCAGGCAGGCGCUGCUGGCUCUGGCUCUCCCAUGCCCUGUGCCCACUCCCUGCGACGAUGUAGGAGGACAGAGGUACUGAGAGUUAUUGUUACCCUGGUAGCAGAAGAGAAGGGCAGCUAAAUGCCAGCUUAUAAGGUACGCAGUGAGUUUAUCCCUUAAUUUGGGUUGAAGCUUUUUAAUGCAGCACCUCCCCAAAUAUUUUAGAGAUCUUCACCACAGGCGUAUGUGGGUGAUGGUCUGAGCUUCCCCAGGAACCAGCCUUUGAAAGUGGGUGUUGUGUUCCCUGACCAGCUCCCAGGAUGUGCCACGUUCUCCCUGUCAGCUCCUGCCAGUGGACCACAAGAAAUUUGCUGGCACAGACUGGCAGAGCCCAGCUAAUUUCAACAGUGCUUUACACAAGCAAUUGAAGAUCAUGUCCAUCCUCCUGGUUUAUUAAGGUUUUGGUGGGUUUUUCUAUUUUGGGUUUAGGGUUUUCUUAAAUCAAAUUCAAACAAAAAUGUAAUACUUGCUUUUAAAUUGAAUACAGCUAGCAGUUUAAAAAGCAGAUUUCAUUAAAAUCCUUCCUAGGCUGCCAUUCUGGGCAGAGACGUCAUGAAAGUGGACAUGAAAUGAGUAAAGCAUAGGGGAAGCUAGAAUUUGUCACAGAGCCAUUACACAUUGGGCCAAUUACAAACCUUAAAAUCUGAUGUAGAAGUGACUGGAAAUUAAGAAAGUAAGAUUUGCCCUUUUUCCCAUUUUGCUGAUACAGAUAAAAAUGUGCUCCUUAACACUGCUGCUACUAAAGAGAAUAAAGAAGUCCUUUUAGAUAGUGACAUGGUUAAGGACAAAAUUCCUAGUUGUGUUGAUGACUAGAAGGCUGCCUGUGUAUUAUUGACUGCCCAUUCAAGGCAUAAGCGGGUCUCUCAGUGGUGACCUGGGGCUUCAGGUGGCUUUGUGCAAAGAGUUGAGUUUAAAUCAUGUGCAGGAGGAGAGAAGACUGUGCUAAUGAGGUACUUAGAGUUAGUAAAUCUUCAUAAAUAUAGGAGAAGUCAGUGUUGCCGUACUCACAGGAGAAGUACUGGCUUUUGCUAGGCUAAAAACCAUGUUGUCAGUAAAAUGAAUGUACUGCAGGCCUGCUGCCGUGCAUUGCUCUGUGACGGGAGCUGCUCUGCAUACCGAAUACUUGAUCCUUUCUAAAGAGCCUAGCAUUGUGAGCUUUAAGAAGAGCAUAUGAUGCUUGAAGAAAAGACCAAACAUCACACUUGGUGUAUAAAGCAAGAUACCAGGACUCUAAUUUGGCAUUUAAACAGUGUGACUUCCUUGUUCCUGUCAUCCUCUCUGAGUUGUGCCUAUCUGUAGUUCCUACAUACUCCAAGAGGAAUCAGAAGGAUGUGGGGGUUUUAGUUUUUUGGAUUUUCUUAAAUUAAGUAGUAUAUGUUUAUGUUUGAGUGCAAAGUCAAAACUUUUGACCAAAGCUCCAUUCAAUUAUUUCACUACUUGCAGUGCUAAGAAUGAAGCAGACAGCCUUUGGGAUUCGGCUGUCUGCUUCUUUUAAGCAUGAAUGCAAAGAAACCACUCCUGUAGGAGAACAACCAACUCUCAACCCUGUGUGGUUUCCUCAAGGUUUUCAGCUGUUAUGUGGGAAACUUUGCUGUAAUAGUUUUUAGCUGAAUGCUCUGGGAAGGUAAUGGAGACCACAUUUCCACAAAAUAUCAGCUGGGGUAUGGAGAGAGCAGGAAGAGAUCCCUCUUCUCUAGAAAUUAACUGUCGGAUCAUGAUGAAAAUUGACUUCCCUUUUUGGUCUAAGCUUUUCCAGUAGCAGGAAAGCAUAUUCAGCACUUAAAGUCUUGGAGGUAUUUUGGAGUUUUCUGUUUGUUUGGUUUGGUUUUGUUUUGUUUUUUUAAGUAGCGGGAGAACCACUAGUUUGUUAGUAGUGCAUCAGACCCAGUGUUUGAUGCAGAAAGUCAGGAGGCUUUAUUUCGUAGGCAGAGAACUUAACAGCUUCAUUGGGCCAUUAGCUUCAGCAAUUACUAGCUUCUACCGUUCUUCCUUCUUCUAACAAAUAGAGAGUGGUCCACAUUGCAUACCCUUGAAUCAGCAUGGCAUCAUGCCUCAGAGCAGGCUUUCUCUUCUUGCUCUUCUGUGCAAAGUUGGUCUUUCUGAACUCUGGAAUUGGUGCUUGAGAACGUUGUUAGGAGACUGCAGCUUCAGGAGACCCCUUUGUGCUUGUUGUUAAACAGGGGACAUGUAGAGAAGGAAUUGAGCAAGAUCUCCUUGCCUUCACGACUUGUACUUCACCAUGCACUGCUCUUGCAGGGUGUUGAGCACUUCUAAGACUUACAAAUGCUAUCUUUCUAGUCAAACCACCACUGAGAAAGAAACCCAUGCAGCAUGUUGCAGAGCUGAACUCCAAGUUACACGUGUAAGGAUGCAACAGACUAGAUGACCAAGUGGAAGCAAAUACACUGCUAGACAAUUCACUUCUUUCUUUUCCUGUGAUGUCAGUUUAGCAAGCAGAGAGGAUUGCUUUUGAUUUUAGUAAUUGUAGAGAGCAAGCAACUAACUUUUGGCCUUCAAAUUUAGAAUUGGAGAGAAGGUCGGUGUUUUCUGUUUGAUUUGUUUGGCUCGUUGAUUGGUUAGGGUUGGUUGUUUUUGGUUUUUGUUUUUGUUUUUUUUUUUAAAUGGCUGACAUUUAUGAACAACUGACCUGCAUACUGGUAGAGGUCCACGUGACUCUCAGAUAACAGCACCCUUGCUCUGUAUACUUUACAUGAACUGCUUUGGUUUCUUAAACUGCACUAGUCUGAAGUUUUGCAUCCCGUUCCUUUAGAAAUGCUUUCGGCUGUUUCCUUCAAUGUCUAACAGUUGCAUAUUCUCAGGGAUUUUACUUAGCCAUGGCAAAAUAAGAGUAAUCACAGCCUUAUCCUAGGAGAGUAAGGCUGCAUUUUGUGAAAUUAGUAUAGCUGAGCGUAGAACUGUGAUACAGCAUAUGACACUGACAGUGUCUAUCCAGUGCGCAUCCUUGCUGAGACGUGGUAAAUCCCAAAGCAAUCUGAUAGAAGUGCUAUCUAAUACUGAAUAAUGGCAGUCAGCAUAUUUGAAUAGAGAUCAUACACACAUCUUUGUAAUAUAGUGCCAUUGGCAUUAGAGCAGAGCUCUGAAAUAAUUUCAGUCAAGUUCUGCUUAGCAAUGGGAGGCUUUUAUUUAUUUUAUUUAUUUUGUUGUUAUUUUUUUUUAAAUAAACUAUGUUCUGGAGCCCCCUCUGCUAUUUUAAGACACCAUACUCAGUUGCAUAUUGAAGUUCUGUGACAUUACAAUUGUAGAAUAUGAACUGGAUACUCAAGUGCUUUAGUGUAAACUUGAGGAGUCAUUGAAACAUCCCAUCUUGACACUGUUGUAAUAUGGGUCUCCUUUUAACAGAUGCACUUAAAGUUAAGGGCCAUAUACCUUCGCUUACAAGCUUUUUGUAAAGCAUCAUCAGGGUUUAGGUUACAGCUAUUUGCUUUAAAAAUGUUUCAUAGUUUGAAAAGUGUCACUUGGUUGGAUGGAUGUAUAAAAAGUAUGCCCAAAAUGUGCUCCAGUUGUUUGCAGCGUGCUUUGGCAAAGGGGUGCGGACCGUUACAGAAAACAGGGUUACAUAUAUAUAUAUAUCUGUACACUGGACCUUCUAACCCUUUCUUUUCAUUAUCACUUCGGCUUUUGUGAAAAACUUUAGGGAACCUUAAACUGCCCUUCAGACACCAGAAAAGAUCAUUAGCCUGUUCCUACCUGGGUAUCUUCCCCUCUCUCCUCACCUGGUCCCCACCUGGUCCCCACCCCUUCCUUUCCUUCCAUUGUCAUCUGCUUUGCUACCAGAGCUGUUGCUGUUAAGUGGAAGCAUCUCUCCAUAGGAGCGCAAAGCAGGAAGUUUUGUAAGUGAUACAAAUGUAAACUUGGAAAAUCAGACCUGAAUUCUUUGGCAGGCAACCAAACACACAGUCAGAUGGAGAAUGUGCUGCUCUUCUCUGAAGUUUCUUCCUGGUUUGACCUAUUUCACCAGGAAAACCACACCACUUCAAACUUUUAAUUUCACCGAUGAAAUUUAAAUUGGGACACUUCAGACUUGGCAGUUCUACCUCUUAUGAGUGAAAACACAGGGAUUAUUUUUUUUUUAAUUGAUUCAUUUCUCUUCUCUUGCCUGCAUAGUACAGAUAACAAAACAAAAAGAGAAGUGGGGGGGGAAUAACUAAAUUCAUGCCUCGGCUACCUUCUGUAGCCCCUUGGUGAACAAACCCUGCAAACUACUGCAUGCUCCAAGCAAUAUAAAAUCACCCUCGUGCAGAAGGGAUAUCAUAGCACACUUCCUGGCUCUGAGCAAGCCCAGGCAGUAGCUGGUCCUGCUCACAGUUCACAUAAGGAUUUAAGCACUUGCUUUGAAGUUAGAACACAGGCAUAUGCUUCCCUUAAACACACAUGCACCCUCCUACUGGCACUCAGUUCUUCAAAAUGUGGUCUUUCGCUAUCAUGUUUAAUAUUCCUUUCUUGGUAUAGGAUUUCUCCCCCCAGAUACUCCAGAUGUGCUAGAGGUGGAUUUAGGGGUUUUUUAAUGUAUGAAACUUCCUUGUUUUCAUAUCCUGAUUUCUGCUUAACACUAAGUUUGUUAACUUUAUUUUGCAUUGCAGCAUUCAGGGGGUCCAAAACUUAGUAAUUCCUUUAUUUAAAGCCAUCUUGAAAGUUUGAGAUUUGUGUCUACUUGAAACUAAACAAGUAAAUUGCAUUCCAGAAUAUGGUGACUAAACUGAAAACCAAAGCAGCUUGCUUUUGUGGUUUCCUUUCCUAUUUUCUUUUUUCAAGCCAGUUUUGGGCAUACAUUUUAUCUAUGUCAAGCUGAGCUUACUGCAAGCCUUACUUAUAAAAUACAUUUAAAGAUGAAGAGAAGGUAUAUUGCCUCACACUUUAAAUUUACUUAAUUGUAAGGGCUUGUUCAUGCCCCCAAAAUCACCUCUUCCAGUGUAAGCAUUGCACAAAUUGUGCUGUCAUAAGCAGUUCAGUCUGAAAUACUUUGGAGUUUCCAGUCUGCAUCAUUUCUCAAAUCAUACAGCAUCUGUCUCUUCUUUUGGAGCAUUGUUAAGACCUUUGUCGUCAGACUUUUAUAUUAUUUCAUUAUAAUAAACUUAUUUUAAAUAAGCAUGUUUUAAAAUCUUGCUUUCUCCUUGCAUGGAUUUUGUUUCUUUUAUUACAAUAGAGGGCCUAAAGUGCUCUUCAGGACUGCAUCUGUUCUAGGUACUGUGUGAACAGUCGAAAACAGUAUGUUUCUGGUUCACAGAAACUACCUGUAUGUAUCUUUGUACGAAGAAUGUUAACACACAUGGAACCUGUUUUGAUUACAAGAAUAAAAGCUGUGUCUGGCG